UGUGUUGGGCAGAGGCUGAAACUGAGUCAUGUGUGCAUAUUUGGAUUUGUCACACCCUCUUGCUGUAGUAGACAAAGAACAAACUAGUUCCUUGCCAUAAACCUCAUGCUUACAGGAUGCUUCUGGAGGACAGAUCAAUCAUUCUUUAGUCCCUUUACCGCGGGGAAGAAACAUCCCCACAAAAUGCCUCAAGAUGAACUAGAGCAGCAUCGUUGUUUGGCUAGCUGGAUUUCACGUACUACAAUGAAGAUACUGGUUUUCACUGGACUGCUCUCUCUCACCUCCAAUCUUUUCACAACAGCUUCAGAAUUUUCACUGAAUAGCUCUGCAAUUAAAACAGUGUCUCUUAUCAAGACUUUCCGUGGAAUUUCAGCAAGAGACUAUGACUACAUCCCACCUUAUGCUAUGGAAGGGGAGACAACAACCAUUCAUAUCAGAGAACACAAGUGCUCUUCAAAAAAGUCAAAUGACUCCACUUUAACAGAAGUAAACAAUACUACACUGGAGUACCUGACCAGUUCUCUGAGCACGAAGCUAAUACCCACCGUCUACCUCAGUGCUGUUUUAUUGGGUGUGCCUUCCAAUGCCAUCAUUUUGUGGAUGCUGCUCUUCAGGAUCCGGUCUGUGUGCACUGCCAUCCUCUACGCAAACCUGGCAGUUUCUGAUCUACUUUUCUGCAUUGUGCUGCCCUUCAAAAUAGCGUACCACAUCAAUGGGAACAACUGGAUUUUUGGGGAAAUGAUGUGUCGAACUACCACUGCGGUGUUUUAUGGCAACAUGUACUGCUCCAUUCUGCUGCUUACGUGCAUCAGUGUCAGCCGCUACGUGGCCAUCGUUCACCCCUUCACCUACAAGAGCCUGCCAAAACGUGCCUAUGCCAUCACUGUCUGCGCUACCGUGUGGGCCAUAGUCUUCUUGUACAUGCUCCCACUCUGCAUAAUGCAACAAAGCUAUUAUGUGAAACAGCUGGACAUUUAUACCUGCCAUGAUGUGCACAACACCUGUGAAACUGUAUCUUCCUUCCAGUUCUACUACUAUGUUUCUUUAGUUAUCUUUGGGUUUUUAAUACCUCUUGCAACCAUUGUUUUCUGCUAUGUCUCAAUUAUACAGACACUCAAGACUAAUGAAUGGUUCUGGUAUGUUAAAGUCAGCCUAUUGAUCCUUACCAUCUUUGCUAUUUGCUUUGUGCCAAGCAAUAUUAUCCUUAUUAUCCACCACAUCAACUAUUACUACUACAAUAGAGAUGAGUUGUACUCUUUUUAUCUAAUUGCUUUAUGCCUUAGCAGCUUAAACAGUUGUUUUGACCCUUUCCUUUAUUUUCUGAUGUCAAAAAUUAGAAGUCAAUCCAAUAUUUAUCUAACAAUGGUUAAAAUAUCCAGGGAAAAAUGAAUUUAGUUCUAUAUUUAUAUUAUUGGAAUUAUGAUUUUGUGUAGUAUUAACCCAGGUAGCAACAAAUCUCAGGUGCAACAAUUUAACUUAAAAAUUUAAAGUGUUAACAACCACAUUCUCCGUAAAAUUUAUUUCCUUCCACACACCACAAAAGGAAUAUCUUCAGAAAUACACUUAUCCAGGCCUAUAAUUUUAUCACAUGUAUUACAACAUCUGGUGUACCUAGAUUCAGGGAAGUGGCUCUGAACUUUCAUUUCCUUCUGAGAUUACAACUUUCACGGCCACAGAGAAGAAACCAGAAUAUCAGUCAUCACAGCCCCUGAACACCAGAAUGGGAAUCAAUAUCUGAACAGUACUCUUCGGCCUGUUCAUGAUUUCUAAAUACUUCAAGUUAGCUCUCAGCCUACAAUCACUGCUGGAACAGUGAUGUGAAAACAAGUUUUUGGCCCAGUGGAAAUGGGAACAAGUAAAAGCAUUUUCUAAGUGUCCAGGAGUCAUUAAGCUUUGCAGAAGCUCCCUGUCACACAGCCAAGAGCAAAUACUGCGCUGCAUGUUGAAAACUAGAGAGCCAGAGUCCCCACAGGUUCAAGGAGCUGUAAAUCUAUAGCUGCAGACACAGAGCCCGACGCUUCCAAGGCAGCAUCUCCUACGAGGCUGCUUAACCAGCUUUGCACUGAAGACUUGUUCUUCCACUUCCUCAGUGCCUGCACUCCUCUAGCCCAUGAGGACUGCUGGGAGCUAACCCUUAUCAGUGUGAAUCCAGGCAUGUAUUAUUCCCGCUUGGUAAGCAAAACAGGGAAGACACUUUGUAGAAUUCUCUAUUUCCACAUCCUCACAGGAAAUGCCUACAGUGUUACAAAUACUGGAGCUAGUUAUGAUUGAUUGUCCGCAUUAAAAAAGCAAAGUGUCAGCUUCUACAUUUACAGAAACUCAGUAGCUACAUACAUACUGAGUAUAAGUCCAACAAAACGAGCUCAGUAGUUGGUAUUUGUAUUUGUAACUACAGCAUGUAAGACAGUGAUGAGAGAAAGUGUUUUACAUCAGUUUGAUAAUAGUACUGUAAAAAACUUUAAAUUAAAUCAUUUGCACUGGAAAAAGUCUUCAAGGAAUUUGCAGCCUGGCAAGACUCCUCUUCAAUUUCUUCUAGUUCCUAGUUCAAAUUAGUUUUAAUCAUGCCAUUCCCUCAACAUGCACAAGAACAGACUUUAAAGAUCACCUUAAAAUAAUCCAGAUGUCAUGCAACUGUUGUAAAUAUAAAAACCAUGAACCUAACUCUAAAACCUGUGUGCCUAUCACUCAAAAAAUAAAAUAACAUAGGAACCA